AUGGCACGAGGCCCCAUGGUCUCACGGUCUUCCACCGAUACCUCUUCCACCGUGGAUAGCGACACGACAAUUGACGCGACUGUCCCCGUUCUUACCCCUGCCACGAGCGUAUCCGAGCCGUCUACUCCGGCGGAUUCUAAGGACGGUCAUGAAGACCGCAAGAAAGAAUCCGCCGCUUCACGACGCGUCACGCGUUCGUCAUUGAGGACAAUGGAGUUCGAAGAGAACGGAUAUACGGUCGAUCAAGGGGAUUUAUCUUCUCGUUUUGUCCCUACCGGCGCGGAAGCGAAGGACACAAACCAGAAGGCUGAGGAUGGUUGCCUUGAUGGCUGCAAAGCAGGUGAAACUAUGAGCGUUGCACCCUUAUCUGACUGCUCCGGAGACAUACGAGUGCCUUAUGGCGAAGAGCCUACGAAAACAAUGGAACACCAUCCCGCUUCUCGCGGGGAAGCAGGAAUAUUGUCAGAAUACAAAAACCCCAGAAGACGAUCCACGCGCUUGACUGUACGCCAGGAAGGAAGAGAAGUGACGGUGAAUGCUUCUUCGGCGCCCGGGAAACGGACAUUUGACGCUAUAUCAAAAAACACGCACAAGAUCAAGGAACUUGACCGGAGGGCAAGUUUACGACCUAGAGUGGAAAGCCAAAAGGACUCGGCUCCAGCUCCGCAGCCGCCUCCUGCUAAGAAACGACGUGUAUCAGAUGGUGACAAGCCCAUUUCGCAGUCUUCCGCAACGGAACACACUCCCAGAGAGAAUAGUUUGAUCCGCCGGAAAAAGAAGCUCUGGCUUCGUCACGGGCUAUAUGCUGGACAGGAAUAUGUUGACCCUUCUGCCCCUAGUUCAAGGAAACGCAGAGCAUAUUCAAAAAAGGGAGAAGGCCAACAAGCGAACGUUUUUCCGCUUCCAAUGUAUGCCGGUGCUAGGCUCUUGGAAAACGGCCGGAGUUACAAGCUACCCUUUGAUAUUUUCUCUCCCUUGCCACAUGGACAACCAAAACCAGAUGAAUGGCGGAAAGCCAAUAAAAAUGUAUUCGUCGGUGAUGCGACAUCAAUAUGGAAAGCCAAUAAGAUCAAGGAGCAUUCGACGUGUACGUGCACUCCUGAAACAGGAUGUGAUGAAAAUUGCCAUAACCGAUAUAUGUUCUAUGAAUGCGAUGAUACGAAUUGCAAGCUUGGUCCAGAAUUAUGCCAAAAUCGGCCGUUUAGUGAGCUACGGAGGCGCUCGAAAGCAGGGGGCAAAUUCAACAUCGGAGUUGAGGUUAUCAAAACAGAAGAUCGGGGCUACGGCGUCCGGAGCAAUCGUGCUUUUAACCCGAAUCAAAUCAUUGUUGAAUACACAGGAGAGAUCCUCACACAGGAAGAGUGCGAGCGGAGAAUGAGGACAGUCUACAAGAAGAACGACUGCUACUAUCUCAUGUACUUCGACCAGAAUAUGGUCAUCGAUGCCACCCGUGGCUCGAUUGCCCGCUUCAUAAAUCAUUCCUGCGAACCCAAUUGUAGGAUGGAGAAGUGGACUGUUGCUGGAAAACCGCGUAUGGCCCUUUUUGCAGGCGAAGAUGGGAUCAUGACCGGAGAAGAACUGACAUACGACUAUAAUUUUGAUCCUUAUUCUCAAAAGAACGUGCAGGAAUGUCGAUGUGGAGCUCCAACUUGCCGAGGAGUCUUAGGCCCAAGGCAGAAAGAGGCAUUUAAAAAUAAAGAGAAAGAUAAGGGAUCUAAGACACGCACGACUGGUUCGAAGCGCAAGUCUAGCAACGCUCCCGAUAGGCAAGCUCGACGCAACAAGAAACAGAGACUCUCAGAGUCUACCUCCCCAAAGCCUGGAAGGGGAAAUACGGUCUCAAAAACCCGUACAGCGCUCAAAUCAGCGCAAAGCAAUAUAGUUCAUGAGCCGGCAGCGAGAAAAGCCAGAAAAACGAGGACCGUCCAACCAAUUCCGGUAAAGAAGCGCGGCGCUGCUCUCACGCGUGCCAAAAUGCCUGCCAAACGUGGUCGAAAACCUGGUAAAGCGAGCCAGACACAAACACAAACCAACAGCCGGAAACUCAACAUGCCUUCUAAGCCAAGGCUUAACUCGAUUGCUGCGGCGCGCGCCUCGGAGACGGGGACGAAAGAGGAAAACGAAUGCUGUCCCAGAUUCAGGGAAUAUCUCAGUGAAAGAGCCGACUUUACGAAAGCGUGGUAG